AUGGUGAAUGUAAUCGUCGUUGCAGGAGCUGGCGUAAGCGGUCUCACUUCUGCGCUUCUCCUUUCGAGGAGCAAGGCCAACAAGGUCACCGUGGUUGCAAAGCACAUGCCCGGCGAUUAUGACAUUGAAUAUGCCUCACCUUGGGCUGGAGCAAAUGUGUUGCCAAUGGCAGAAGAUGAGAAUAGUAGAUGGGAGCGCCGCACUUGGCCAGAGCUGAAGCGCUUGACGGAAGAAGUUCCUGAAGCGGGAAUUCACUUCCAGAAGGCCCGUGUUUAUAGAAGACUAAAGGAUGAGGCAGCUCCUGGCUACCAUCCAGCCGAUCCACUCUUCUCGGCAAACCCCUGGUAUAAAUCAGUGCUCCCUGAUUAUCGUGAACUGAACCAGGAUGAAGUCAUUCCGGGUCACGACUCUGGAUGCGAGUUCAUGAGCGUGUGCAUCAACACGGCCGUCUACCUCCCGUGGCUCGUCGGCCAGUGCCUCAAGAACGGCGUCGUGUUCAAAAGAGUCGUCUUGACGAGCAUUCGCGAAGCAAAGACGCUGAGUCACACUGGCCAGCCAGCAAACAUCAUCAUCAAUGCCACCGCCUUGGGAUCACUCAAGCUUGGAGGCGUCGAGGAUACAACUAUGACUCCUGCUCGUGGACAAGUCGUUGUUGUGCGGAAUGAGCACCAUCCCAUGGUUGCCACGUCGGGAACGGACGACAGCUCUACGGAGAUGACUUACAUCAUGCAGAGAGCUGCAGGCGGAGGCACCAUCCUCGGCGGAACGUACGACCUGGGUAACUGGGAAUCUAUCCCGGAUCCAAACAUUGCGAUACGCAUCAUGAAGAGAGCUGUGCAAACUGCACCGGGACUUACAGGAGGAAAGGGUAUCGAAGGGUUGAGCGUCAUUAGACAUGGCGUGGGCCUGCGACCGUACAGGAAGAAUGGAGUGAGGAUUGAAGAGGAGAUUCUAGAUGAGCAGACUUCUAUUGUGCAUAAUUAUGGGCAUGCAGGAUGGGGAUAUCAGGGCUCGUAUGGGUGUGGAGAGAGGGUUGUUGAGCUGGUGAAUGAGAUUCGGAAGAGGAAGGGCGAGGAUCAAUCAAGACAUGAUUUACUCUUACACGACCUGUCAUUCCAUCUCUCCAUCUCAUUGAAGCAGUGAGGCAGAUAAGCGGGUCUAUGCACUUGCCGGGGCGCCUCUCACCCUUGUCCCAGCAAAAAAGGCUCCACGUUGCAUAUAACGAGCUACGAAAAAGCUCCUCUAACAAGGCCGUUUCACGUGUAUUUCGACAAAAAAACGACAUGCCCCUUUAAAUCAACAAGCCUCGGAACUGGAAAUUUUCAAAGAAAGAAAGAGAUUUCUUUCUAACUCAUCGCUCUCUUUUCACUCGGUGGAAUCGAAAAGGUUGGGAAUAGAAAGAGAGAGGGAGCUGCUUCACCAAAAACGGCGCUCAAUGGCCUCUCUCAUCAAGUUCGCCUCUGACGUCGCCAAUGGCCGCCAUGCGCUGUCGAAAUUCAUUCCGAUGGGCCUUUGGCUCGCAGACGCCGUGCUGUGCGGUCUGAUUAUCUGGAAAGUGCCCUAUACGGAAAUCGAUUGGGUUGCCUACAUGGAGCAGAUCACGCAGUUUGUUCACGGGGAGCGAGAUUAUCCCAAGAUGGAGGGCGGCACGGGGCCGUUGGUGUAUCCCGCGGCUCAUGUGUAUAUUUACACGGGUCUCUAUUAUCUGACCAACAAGGGCACGGAUAUCUUGUUGGCGCAGCAGCUCUUUGCCGUUUUGUACAUGGCUACGCUGGGGG